CGAGGCGCUGCUGACCGCAGACAGUGGGGCAGCAGUGAGAGGGACUAUGAGAGAGCGCAGCCGCCAGACACUCAAACCGCGUGGCGCUCGGACGAAGCACCGUGCUGAAGACACAAACUUACGCAUUGCUCGCUGGAUCCACAGAGGCACUGGGCUCGUUUUCAGCCGCACUGGCAGUUGAGGUUUAACUUGCUGUUGUGUUUUUUUCAGUCCCUUUUUUAAAGAAAAUAACUUUUGAUAUUCUCACUGGCUGCUUGUUUUUUUUUUAUUCUGGGGAAAACGAGGGAAAAGAAAAACUUGACAGUUCCCUCCCCCACGCACUUUCUCACAUUCACGCAGCGGACAUGCGUGCAAGAGACGCUUCGCUAUAGGAGCAGGGAGAUAAACCAGAGCGCACACUCAGACAGCAGCAGACUAACUUUUUUCCUCCACACGCCUCAGUCUCACAGACUGAGCUCAAGCUCCACCAACUCCACCAGCUGAAGAAGUAACUUACUUCAAACUGCGAGAAGGAACAGACUGUGUGUGUUUUUGUUUUUAAGUCUUUUACAUUUUUUUUAGCAUCCAGUCAUGGUGGCACAGACCAUCACAGCGACCAGCGCGGACUUUCCGCUAAGCGACUCUCCCGUGGACCCGGGUGAGAUGGACCCAGACUCGGCCAUCUCCACCUCCUCCGCCUCUCCAUCCCCGUGCUCCCCGACCCUGGCCGGGGACAAGCUGGACGUGGCUUGGUGCAAGACCCCCAGCGGCCACAUUAAGCGGCCAAUGAACGCGUUCAUGGUGUGGUCGCAGAUCGAGCGCAGGAAGAUUAUGGAGCAGUCUCCAGACAUGCACAACGCUGAGAUCUCCAAGCGCCUCGGCAAGCGCUGGAAGCUCUUGCGGGACUGCGACAAGAUACCAUUCAUCAGAGAAGCCGAGAGGCUCCGGCUCAAACACAUGGCCGACUACCCGGACUACAAGUACCGACCACGCAAGAAAGUCAAGCCCUCCUUAUCCUCCUCCUCCUCUUCCAGCAAAGCCGGGGACAAAGUGGGCGGCAACCCGGGCGCCAAGCCCUCCUCCAAGAAGAGCCACGGGGCCAGACCUCCCAGGACGCACCGGAAAACCAGCGCGCAAGAGCAGCCCGGCUUGGAUCACCACUCGCUCUACAAGCCGCGGCCGACCUCCUCAGCCAAGCCGGCCAAGCGCGCUUCUCAGGCGGGAGGCGUGUCUGAGUGUCAGCCGCUGUCCGUGGUCGUCCCGUCCAGCCCUACUCUGAGCAGCUCAGCCGAGUCGUGCGACCCGCUGAGUCUGUACGACGACUGCAAAGACGAGGUGGAAACAUCUGGGGUUGCCAUGCUGGCUCCGCGCAACUUCAAGCACGGUCGCGCCUCUUCUCCAGCCCCGUCAGCCUCGCACUCCUCCUCGCAGUCCUCUUCGUCCUCCUCCUCUUCAUCAUCCUCCUCGGACGAAGAGUUCGAGGAUGACCUGCUGGACCUCAACCCCAGCCCAGGGUUCGGUGGCUUGGGUGGAUUCGGCGCGGUGUCACUGGACAGAGACUUAGACUUGGGCUUCGAGUCCGGCUCCGGCUCGCACUUCGACUUUCCCGACUACUGCACGCCGGAGGUAAGCGAGAUGAUCUCCGGAGACUGGCUGGAGUCCACCAUAUCCAACCUGGUGUUCACGUACUGACUGUUUGACGCGUGCUGAGCGCAACCAGUAAGAGAGCAACUCCAGCUGAUGAAGCGGACGGAGUUGAAGAUGGAGCCAACCCGGCGUCCAUGCUGAGGGCAAGCCAUGAUAACCAUGCUUUCUCCUGUUUGUAUCAUGCCAAGAAUUGGCGUUGAGGGUUAACAAACAAACAAACACACACUCACUUACUCACCUAUUCACUCAUACACGCCCCCACCCAGAUGGGAAAACACAGCCCAGAUGGGAAAUGGGAAAACGAAACAAGCAAAAAAAAGCUUAGCUUGCUCGUUCGGUGGCUGAAGAUGAUGCCAGAUGUGACUUCACUAACUGUUGAGGGAAAGAAAGAAAGCAUUAAUUGCACAGAGAUGAAGACGAGGCUGUCCGGCCGUUUAAACUUUAAAGGGACAUUUAUUAAGGACUCACGUUUUAGAGUGAGGGACUUUGGCGCAAAAAGAGAAAGAAAAAAAGGUGAGCUUUUUAUAUACAUAAAUGAGGAAUUCCAGAUUUCCACUGGAGCUGAAUGGGGAGUGGGGUUUUUUAGCCAGGCUUAAAGGACUCAAGAGCAUGGUUUAUGGUUAUGGUUCAAUGAGGAAAACUGAAAGAAAGACUGUGGAAAAGAGUGAGACUUUUUAAAGAAGACUUUUAAAGAAUUGCGCAAUUGACUGAUUAAAAAAGAUAAGUAAACAAUCACCAGCUUUUCCUGUCCGACAUCAGGAUUCAAAAAACGCAACUCAGACGGUUCAACUUUCUACACUACAGAGGAAAAAAAAUCAGGACCAAACUUCUCUCCCUCUUUGCCUUUUCCUUUUUUCAUCCAACUUUGGUCCCUCCUUUCUAACUACUUUGUGCUCAGAAAGAAUUAAAAAGGACGUUUUUAUAUCGGUGUAUUUAUAAUGGCCAAAUGUUUUGGUUUGUAUUUUUUAUAAUUAUGAUUGUUGUUAUUAUUAUUAUUAUUAUUAUUAUUAUUAUUUUUAUUUUCUCGUCCUUCUGUUAAGCUGUUCCCAUCUUGUCUCGUUGUGCGCGCACGCACACAUAUGUCCGUCUCUGUUGCAGAAGGGCUAGAACUGCAUCGUGUUAUUUAACUCAUGACCUCUCACACGGAGAAAGGAGUAUCGAAACGUUUCGUUAAUUUUCUACGUGUAUUUUUGUACAAAAUUAUCCAGAACAUCGCUGUUUUUUGGAGGUGAGGGAGGAGGGGGAGAUGGGGAUGGUGGAUUGGGGUUGGCUCAGAAUCUGUCCCCCUGGCCAUGUUUACAGUGUCAGUAGUCCACAGGCAUCUUAAAGACACAGUGUCUCUUUUUUCAGCAGCAUUACCUUAGCUUACCUUUCCUCACCGUACCUUACGUUGCAAAAAGGAGCAUUGGACGAGGCUGUAUGUAGCAGUGACUUACUGGGAAGAACAAAUACUGUCCCUUUUGUGCUUUUUUUAUAGUGAAACGCUCGGUUUGAACCACUGGAUGGAAACGAUAUACAUUUCAAAAUGCCUAUACACGAGUCCACGAACAAUGAAGUAAUGCUUCACUCCUAAAUGUGCAAGGAUUAUUUAAUCUUUUUCUACUUGUUGGCUAAAUGUAGCUGAUCGUUUUAGUAUGUUACGGCAUGGCGAAUAGCAUUUUUUUUUUCGUUCGUAUUUUUUUUUUUUGUUCAAAUUCAGGUUUAUGUAGAGCUGUUGUGUUUUAAGGCGAAGGAUCGACGUGAAGAUUUCUAUGUACAUUGAUUGUAUAUUAGGUAAAGACUGCGUGUUUGUCUGACUGAUUUAUUACGACGGGCACUUGAACACAUUUUAUAUAUAUAUAUAUUAUAUAUAUAAACAUCCCUAUGUUUAAGAUUGUUGUUCAUGCGGGUUGUUUUUGUUUUUGUGGGGGGAUAAAUAUAUACAUUUUAUUGUUUCAUUUUGUGCAAUAUGCUGUGUACAAUAUAUAUUUUUUUCGUCUUGACAUACCAUAUCUCAUUUGAGUAGAGAAUUCAAAGCCAGCCAAUUGUGUCCAGUCACUGCCUGUCAGACCUCUGUACAAAACUUGUCUUUUUUUCCAAAAGGAAAUAAAUCAGCUGGAACUGA